AUGGCACGUAGGACUCUUCCCCGCGAUCUUACUGCAGUCAGACCUUCAGACUCGGUCUUGUCUCCUUAUUCUCAGACUCCCGAUACCAACAACCAAAUGCUUCUGGCUCCUCAACAGGACUCAACCCCUGACUGGACAGUUACUGAACGAGUUGUUGAAGAAAGUCCAAAUCGUCGUUAUGCAAAGCUUAAUCAAAUACUUGGAAAAGGUGCAUAUAAGGUUGUUUAUAAGGCUAUAGACAAAGAGGAGGGCUACGAGGUUGCAUGGAACACAUGUCAGACCACCAAGGCUGAGUUUAUGGAACUUGGGCAUGAGAUUGAAAUUUUAAAGCGAGUACGGCAUCCAAAUAUCAUUCAAUUUCACGACUGUUGGUUUCAAAACUCAGAGUUUGUAUUUAUCACAGAGCUCAUGACCUCUGGAACAUUACGAGAAUAUAUCCGCAAGCUUCAAAUCCCAAACUUGAAAAUUGUCAAGAGAUGGUCUCGUCAAAUCUUAAAAGGAUUGUCAUACCUUCAUUCUCAUGAUCCUCCUAUUAUUCAUCGCGACAUCAAGUGCGACAACAUUUUCAUCAAUGGUGCCCACGGUGAAGUCAAGAUCGGCGAUAUGGGAACUGCAAAAAUGAAGCUUGGAAAAAAGUACACUCUUAUUGGCACUCCAGAAUUUAUGGCACCGGAAAUGUAUGAAGAUAAAGGAUAUAGUGAAAAAGUGGAUAUUUAUGCGUUUGGAAUGGCACUUUUGGAAAUGGUUACUGGAGAGUAUCCUUAUAGCGAAUGCAAAAAUGCAGCUCAAAUCUAUAAAAAGGUUAUACAGGGCAUCAAACCAGAAUGUCUUGAAACAGUUACCGAUCCAGAAGUCAAGGAUCUUAUUUCAAACUGCAUCAGCAACGAAAAUGAUAGAUUAACUGCAGAACAAAUUGUGGAGCAUCGCUUCUUGGCGGUUGAGCCUGAAGUCGUGUUACUUUCAGCAGAUGCAGAACCUCAUUUAACAAUGCAAGUCGUUUUCAAGGGCAUGGAUCGUUUAUCAGUCAAAUUUGAAUUCAAUCUUGAUACUGAUACGGCAGAAGCAGUUGUUAAUGAAAUGAUUCAAGAGCAAGUUUUACCUGCAAAGUACCAACAUCUUAUUACAGGUGAAAUCAACCGGAUAUUGCGUAAAAUGAACCGUCAAGAACCAAGCGAAGAUGCCAAGGAAGAAAAUCGACAAUGGAACUCGUUGCCAAGAGGCUCACAACAACCCCAAGAUUGGGGAACACUUAAUCGAUCUGCAACUCAAUCGUCAAAGGAUUGGAAUACGCUCCCUAGACAUUUAGCAAACCAAAGCAUACAAGGUUUACAAGAUUUACAGCGAUCAGAUUCGACUUCAACAGAUAUUCCUACUUUGCUGGUUCGGAGGUCAUCGCUUGCAGAGUUUAAUGAGUUUGAAGAUAUACCCAUCAAAGGCAUGUACCCAUCUAUAAAGUAUUCACCAAUGCCUCUGGCUAAUGAGUACUCUGAUGACCAAAAUAUAAACGAGUUGGUCAAUGAUGUUGCUGCAGCAACAAAGCGCGGUUCAGAUAAAGUAACUGAAUGGCUAGGUCGACUAAACACUCAAGAUAUUAUGACAGUCGGUGAUUUGCGUGAUUUGCAGGAUGAGGAUUGGUCAAGCUUAGGAUUGACGGUUUUUGCUAGCCGAGCUCUUAAAAAUGCACUCUAUGGCAAACCUGCACGGCCCAGUUUAGUGCAGAGCCCAAAAGUAUCUGCUCAACAGGGUUACUCAAGUAGUCUUGGAAGCCUUAAUGGAGCACCAGGAAGCAGUACUGGAUGGUUGAGCACAACACCUGGUAGCAAUCAAGGUGGGAUGAAUAGUGCAACAUAUCCCUCAUCUAAUCUCAGUCCAGGAGCGUCUGAUGUCAAUGAUCAGGGACGAGCAGCGUGA